UCAAUGUGAGUGUAUAUAUAUGACCUUUCAUGGAGGAAGAUAGUGCACUUUCCCAUUCACUUUUACUUAUUAUUCAAAGUAGUGAGAUUAAUAUGGCUAACAAGUGCUUCUCUCCUACACUAGCUAUCCUUCUUAUUGUUCUUCUCGUUGGGGUUUCUGUUCAGGUUAAGUCUCUGAGAAACCUACCACAAGAUAUUCAAAUGCUUGAACAGAUUGUACUCUCUGCAAAUACAAAUCAAUUAUUCCCUCACUGUGGCAUGUCAUGUCGAACCAACAACGACUGUAAAAAUCUUAGAUUCUGUUUCAAAUGUGGUCAUAAUAUACUUCACCAACUCGUUUGCGUCUGGAGUGUAUAGGUGACAAUGUCACCUAUAAUAUUAUAGUAAUAAGUGAUGAGUUACUGCAAGACCGACGAUGGUUGUGAUCGAGUGGUAAUUUCUCAUUCGUUGUCGUUAACUAAAUAUCUUGAUUUCGAGUUGUAAUGAAUGCUAAGUCUCUUUUGUUAGGGACUGAAAGUUAUUCUGGGAAAAAUAAAUUGAUUAGGGGCUCCUAACACCAAAGAUCAACAGUCUAAAGGUGUUAAUUACUCUUGAUCUUCUAAGGUCCAUCAUAUGUAUGUUCAUGUAUUAUUAUCUGUAAUGGUGACGUGUGUUUUAUGUUGGUAAUUAAGGAUAUUUUUAUUGGAAAAA